AUGCCGUCGCACGCCGUCGCCGUCGCCGCCGCGCGCGCGCUUCACCGCGCCGCACCGCCGAGCGCGUCGACCGCGCGGCGCGUCGCCGCGCCGUCCGGCGGGGCGACCCCGCGCCGCUCUCGAACCCUCCCUCCCGUCGCGCCGCCGCGCGCGUCGUCGUCGUCCUCCUCCUCCUCCACCGCCGCCGCGGUGGACGCGGAGACCGUGCACGCGAUACGCUCCGGCCCGCCGGACGACGGCACCGCGAUCGUCCCUCUCCGCGCGUGGCUCGAAGCGCGCGACGGCGACCCCGCGGUCGCGAGCGUGUACGCAAUCUACGGCGCCGACGACGUCAUGCGAUACGUCGGAUACGCCAAGGACGCGUCGCGCGCGGUGCGCUCGCACCUGGAGCGUCAGGGCGACGACGCCGCGAGCAAGGUGCGCGUCGCCGCGUUCGCGAACAAGGCGACGGCGACGCGCGCGAACCUGCGCGCGGAGCAAGAUCGGUGGAUCGGCGAGUGGGUCGUCUCGCGCGGCGGCGCGGAGACGGAGAUACCCGUCGGGAACCAAGCCGCGGGCGCCGCGAGGUGGACGCUGACGCCCGCGGAGAGCUGGGAGAACGAGGAGAAGCCGGCGCCGGCGGAAGCGAAGGCCAACGAGGCCGGGACGCCGUCCGUGGGCGCGGACGGCGAGGUCAUCAGCCCGUACGCGGCGGAGGCGGCGGGCGCCGACGCGGAGGAGGAGGAGGCGCUCGAUCCGAACCGUGAGCUUCUGCCGCUCACCGUGGAGAACGUGGACAAAGCGCUGGACGAAGUCCGGCCGUACCUCAUCGCGGACGGCGGGAACGUGGCCGUCGUCGGGAUCGAGGACGGCGUCGUCGCCGUGCGAAUGUCCGGCGCGUGCGGAUCGUGCUCGUCGUCGACGGCGACGCUGAAGGGGGGCAUCGAGAAGACGCUUCGACGAGUCUUCGGCGGAGAGAACGUGAAGGAGGUGGUGAACUUGGACAGCGACGAGCCCGGGAGCGCGCUGACGCUGUCGAAGGAGGCGGUGGAGGCGCACCUGGAGAAGCUCGCGGGGGCGAUUCACAACUACGGCGGGAGCGUGAAGCUGUUGGAGGUGAUCGAGUCAGAGAGAGCGUUGGUGUUGGAGUUUUCGGGGCCGGUGGCGUUGGCGCAGUCCAUCGCGUCGUCCAUCAAGGGGAAGUUCCCCCUCGUCGCGGAGUGCAAGAUCAAGCAGGUGUGA